AUGGCUGAGGACUUGGAGCCUGAAUUCUACCUAAGGUGGAAACACUGUGAGACGCGAGGUGUUAAGACUUUGUGCAAUCUAACGAAACUUCUGAACAAACUUCAGAGAGACCACAGAGAUGAUGUCUACCUUUACACCUCUGGACACCUGAAUCCCAACAAGCUCUACAGGCCAACUGAGACCAUCUUGCAUCACUGGCCCAAUGCCAAUAGGCCAAAAGAGGAAAGAAUCUUUGGAGUGGAAAAGCCAUCUGAUAAGAAGAUUGCAAAGAUGAAGGAUGCUUUGGCUUAUUUUACCAUCAACACAGCUCUGGGUCCAAAUGAUACCCAGAACACUCCACUCUUCAGGUAUUUGAACCCACUGACAUGCACUUCCCGUAGUUCAGAAGAGGAUCUCAUUCUAAAGAUGGCUCUGAGAGAGGAGGGUUCUCCUGAAGAGCGAAAGAGAGAAGAACUAAGAUUGCCGGAGAUGAAAGUUCUGAAAUACAAAACAAUCAAGUCCAGCCGGCAGUGUGUGAUGUCUCCCCCGGGUAAGGAUGAAUACCAGUAUAUCAGUUCAUACUUAGCUGGUGUGACGAAAGCAGACAAGUAUAGGAAGUUCUUGUGUUUCCAAAAAGAAGUUCUUGCAAAGCAAGAUCUCCUGAAGAAUGAUUUCACUGGGAGCAAGGCAGCGAUGUGCCAUGAAAAGAAGCUGGAACAGGAGCUCCAGAAAGUAUGCGUAUGCGACCCUCAACAGUUCAACAGACUGCAUGUCUUUAGAGAAGUCUUUGAAGAUAUUUGCAAUAGUUCCUUGAUAUUUGGUGAUAUCUUGAAAGAAGUUAAGGAAGAAUAUGAAUUCUACAUGGCAAUACUUCUGGAGUCCCAGCCCACAGCCCAGUAUGAGACUUUGCUGGCUCACUUCAAGGGGCUGGAGAGAAGGUCCGUGAAGACAGCGGACGUCAACCAGGCCAGGGAGGAGCUGAGGGCACUUGUGACGGCCGUCAAAGCAGCCCUGGAGCGUAAUGACAAACUCAGAAGUGAAUUAGAGAUGGAGCACACAUUGCUGGAAUCUGCUAAGGAAAAAUCAGAGUCAUCUGAGAAAAAUGUAACGGACGAGGAGCACCUUACUCUUAUUGAGAAAGUUGAAAAGAAGAGGUGUGAAAUACUUAAUAAAUGGGAUGAAAUUCAAGCUCUUGAAAGAGAAAUUAAAACAACUUUGGUUCAUACUGGAAUUUCACGUAUCACUGAGGAUAGGAUUAAAAGCAUAGAGACUGAAGCUAUAAAAUUGGAAACAGCAAAUAGAAUUUUAAGGAAGAAAAUACCUAUUAUUGAAAGCCAUGUGAGGCAGAGCAUGAAGAAGACUAAAAUGAGUGAGGAGGAGCAGUGGAAACUUUGGAAAUUUAUUAAAGAAUUUGUAAAAUUUAAAGAAACAGACAAUAACUCUCAAGUGAAUGGAAAAAUGACCUGUGAAAAUUCACAACCACCACGUACAUAGCAUGGAUGUUUGCAGAUGUACAAAUUAAUUAAGAUACAUUUCAUUUUGUCACUUUUAACCUUUAAUAAAAUUAGUGUGGUAUAUGUAUCCUACUCAAGAUAUUAAAAUAAAUACAUGUAUGCAUUUGA